CAAAUGGUUCCACCUUGGGGAAAAUUCACCCUCUCACUAAAUGGCAGAAGCUAGUUUGGGGGUCUGUGUCACUGUUAACGUUUAUGUGUGACGUGUUUGUAAGUUAUAUUUACAGCAUUCCCCCUGAGCCUUAGCUGCAUAGUUUGGAGCUCUAUUAAUAGUGCUGGCUUCUUGCUACAAUGUCAAACGUAACUUGAUUCGGUCUGCUAAGUCACACAGUGUUGUGUGUCAGCUGUUGGCCACCUCCGGUUCUCUCUCACUCUGCCUGAUGGAGCCAGCAGUGGAAGAAGUGUGGAGCUCCGGCCGAGACGGGUCCAAUCUUCUGGGCCUGCCGGGGCCUUGCCCCUGGGAUGACGAUGACGAGCCCCUAGGUCUGGGGGGCAUCAAACCCAAAUCCUCUCCCAUCCCAAGACGCCGGAGCUCAGAGUUUUCAUGCUCUGAUGAUGAAUCGCAGCCUCCGCCAUCCAGCAGCCGCAGGGUAUCUUUUGCAGAUGCCUUCGGCCUGAGUCUGGUCUCAGUCAAGAAGUUUGAUUCCUGGGGUGUGUGUGGCCCCUCAGAUCCACUGGAGGGGGAUCUCAAUGAGGUGAAAGAGUAUUUCCUGUCCCAGCUCUUCACCCCUCCAUCUACGCAACAAGAACUGAUCCAGAAGGUUCAGGAGAAUAAGCUGGAGCUGGAGAGUCUGGAGCUUCUUCCUGGCACCACCACACUCAAAGGCAUCAUUCGUGUGCUCAAUCUGAGUUUUGAAAAGAUGGUCUACAUCCGCACCUCUUUGGACUGUUGGAGCAGUCAUUUUGAUUUGCUGGCAGAGUAUAUUCCUGGGUUGAGUGGUGAUGAUACGGACUGCUUUUCCUUCAGGCUCACGCUGGUCCCUCCAUUUGGGGAACAAGGAGCCAGGGUGGAUUUCUGCCUUCGAUAUGAAACACCUUGUGGAACUUUCUGGUCCAACAACAAAGGCCAGAACUAUGUUUUGUUUUGCCAUGAAAGGAGACAAGAACAAGGUCAGAAUGAGAAGAAACACACUAAGAAAAGCUGUCUGAAGUCAACCAGCCAUGACUGUUCCUCUGAGUCCAGUUCUACCUCGAACACAGAGGAAAUUCCAGAAAUAAUCCUAAACUGUGGGAUGGCAGCUCUUGCUGAACCUGUCAAAGAGGACAAAAUACAAGAGGAAAGCAGUAAGCUGCAGGAGGAAACCAUUCGUAACCGCAGUAAGAGAAGCAGGAGAAAAGCUGCACGACUGGCAAAAGUGAAACAAUACUUUGCUGAAAGAGAGGAAAAGGACAUCCAGCAGUUUGAUAAAGACUCCAUUGAAGCAGCUGUAAAGGUGAAUGUGGAAAAUCCUGUUCCAGAAGAAGUGGAGGCACCUUUAAACCUUUCAACACCUCAAAAAGAUGCAUUGACAGAGAUGCAGGACAGUGUCUCGCUUUCACCUGCUGAGGAAAUUAAGAUGCAAAAAUGUACCUCAACUUCUGUGGAUACUGAUAGCAAACAAGUUCCUCCUGCCAAUAUUCAAACACAGGACAAGGAAAAUAUUCCAGCAAGCCACUGUGAACUAACAACUUGCAUAUCUCAGGCAGUGCUGUCCCCUGUGGAUUCUGUAAACUCUAAUAAAUCAGCGGUGAGCUCUGUCAGCUCUGUCUCGCAAGCACUGGAAAACAGCCAAAACAAAGAGACACUUACAGGGCAGACAGCUUCGGUCUCACAGCAACCUCUUGAGUGCCAGACCUAUGAAACAUCUAUUAACAAAAAUGUUGAAAAAGCAUGGGAAUGCUUCGAAAAAGGUGCUAUGGGAAGAAUGGGGAGCACAAUGGACAUAAGAAUGGGUGAGGACACAACCAGCAGUGAAGAUGACAUAAAACACAAAGACAUCUUAGAAAAUAAGCCAGACAUUCAACCAUCUGGCCAUAACUUCACUUUUGAGACAAUAGUGGCUCCUCUUUACCACCAAGUUUUUGAGAGGAUGGAAAGUGAGAGAAGAGACUUUAUAAACACAAAAUUCAAUGCUGGAAGGUCAGCUAGAAAAUGGGAAGAUGAAUGUCUGAGAACAGUCACGUACCAGAGUUAUCCCAGGACACAAAGCCCUGAAACAAGGCCAAAUUCAUGCAUCUCGAAAAAACAUGAUCUUAAUGAUGGGUAUUAUGGGACCUGCAGAGAUCUCUGUCCAACUGAUUUAUUUAACACAAAGAACACCACAAAGGAACCACCAUCUGGCACCAAUGUAAACAGACAACUUGCAAAAAUGGAGACCCCCUUUCAUGAUCUCUCGGUAACGGACAAAAUGGAGCCCCCAGUGAAUAGUAAUGUCCCAGAACCGAAAAUGUCCACACACAAACAACAGUUAUCAAACAGCCUGCCAUUACAACUAGAAUGUUUGAACUUGACAUCCUUGAGUUCUCUGGCAGAGUGCAUACCUAAUCAAAAAGAAGAAGAACAAAAUCAGGAAAGAAUAAAUGUACACAGUGAAUGCUGUUUGCCUGAUAGCACUUUAGAAGAUCCAUCACAGAACGCAAGCUUUCAGAGCAAAUGUCCUCCAGAAGAUCCACAGCAAGAGGAUAUAUCUGUAGAUUACAUGGUUUUAACCACACAGCCUGACUUAUACAGAGCAAAUGUCAAGACAUCACCCACAGACAGCUCAGCCACCCACAUAUCCUUUGAAACUGGGCUUAGCACGGAGCUCACCAAGAUACAAGGCAUAGAGGCCAAAUCACUGCAAUGCCAAUGUUCAGAGGGGACACAAACACCCAUGGAAUCUACUUUUAAUGAAAUACUGCCUAGCAGCAAGUGUCUGGAAGAAAGCCACAGACUCAUUCCAGACUCUUCUUCAUUCUAUACUCAUAUUACCUCAAACGUCAUGUCUAACUUUAACCAAGAUGAAGCUUCAGAACCGUCUCAGAAUCUGACUUCACUGACCCCCAUACAAAUGCCAGACUUCACUUCAUUCGAGGAAAGCCAAAAAGCAGCUGGCACUAGACCCGUCCAGUUUCAAAGUAUAGAGGUCACAGAUCUUACACAGGGUAUAGAAAACACAAGUGAAAUUAUUGAUGGUAUUUCCUGUCAUGUUGGCAAGGACACUAAAACAAACAGUGAUAGAAAUAAAGAAACAGAUGAUUUAGAAAGAACACAUAUAAUCCUACAAGACAAUACUCUGGACAGGACUUUAUUACACCCUCUACCCUCCGGUAAAGAACUGUCAAGUGUUUCUAAAAGUGUACUACAAGAAAAAGAGGCUGAUAUCUUUAAUGAACACAAACAUGUAGAGUAUAUUGAUGAGAAAAAGGACCUGAAAUCAACAGACAAGGAAGAAUACCAAACAAUGCAAGUUUCAGAGGAAGCAAAAGAGUUAGACAAGCUGAAAUUACAGCCACAAGAAGUAGUAGAAGAACCAAUACAAAAAGAAAAUAAAGAACAAAGUGAAAAUGAACAACAGGAUGUACCUAAAGAAGAAGAGAAACAAUUCCUAAACCUAAAACAUGAAGGAAAAGAGGAACAAAGGCAAGAAGAACAGAAAGAACAAACACAUGAAUAUAAACAACAAGAAGAAUAUGAAGAACAGAACCUAGAAGAACAAGAAGAUCAAGGAGAACAGAAAGAGCAAGAUAAGGAGGAAGAACUAGAAGAAGGUGAGGAAGAACUAGAACAAGAACAGCAAAUUGAUGAAAAGGAAGAACUAGAAGAAUGGGAGGAGGAACUAGAACAACAACAAAGUGAUGAAGAGGAAGAACUAGAAGAACAACAACAAAGUGAUAAAGAAGAAGAACUAGAAGAACAACAACAAAUUGAAGAAAAGGAAGAAUUGGUGAAUAAUGAUACUUUUGAAGAUGAAUUACUCUACAUAGAUGAUGAUGAUGAGGAAGAUGCAGAAAAGGAAACAAUAUUAAAAGAUUCACAACAGUAUUUUGAAGAAUGGGAAAGAGAAGAAGAUCUUCAUUCUCUUAUAGUAGAGGUGGAGGAGCAGGACAUCAUCUGCAGAGUGAGCACUGUAGGUACUUUAGAAAACACAACUAGAGCAGAUUCCAUAAAGGAGGUACACCCACAGAUCAGACAGGAGCUGCAAAAGGAAGAGCAAACUGUUAGUGGAGAAAAAGGGAUCCAGUGGGAUACAGAUUCUUCAAAGCAUGCUCUGACAGGAAAUCAUGAUACAACAUUUAGUGACACAGUAAUGCUCAUCAACAAAGAAGAAGAAGUGUGCUUUCAAACAAAUGAACAACAAGUUACAAAGGAUGCUGCUGCGGAGGUCAACAAACUGCAGGAGAACUUGAAGGGCGUACGUAAUCAGAGUGAGAAGAAUGUGGGUGAGGAUACAUCCACAGAAUCUCUAUCUGAUGAAGAAAUGGACCUGUAUCUUCAUCAACUAAAGAUCAGCCAAAAGCCAGGAGUAAAAGACACAGUUUCCAGUGGGAACUACUGCAGGAGGUCAUCUCUGAGGACAAUGCAUUCACGUAUGCCUUCCAUCUCAGAAUCUGUGGAUGAGGACCAGCCAAAUGCCUCACUGGAAGAUCUGACAAAUGAGGAGAUGACAGAACUAGAGAAGGCCACAUUGCCUUUAGUUGAUGAAGAGGAAGAGAUGCUUCGGCGCAAUGUACUCUGGUGGAGAGAGUUCUUUUCCUCUGAUAACAUGUCAAAAAUGAUCGGGUGCACUUUCUUGUUAGUUGUUUUUUUAGUUACGGCUUAUUACUAUGACUUUGUUGCAUGUUUUGGGCUCUAUUUGCUUGCCUUGUAUUGGCUUUACUUUCGAGGUGAAUCAGAACCUUUCAAAAUCACACAACCUAAUAGAUAAGUAUAAUACAAAAGAGAGCUUCGGAUUUUAUGUGAUGUUUUUGUAUUUUCCUGUAUUAUUACAUUUCUCCAGUCCUGUGAGCAUACACUGACUACUAUUCUCUAAAUAGUGAAACACAUGACAGAAUUUGUAUUAGAGGUGCUACAAGAACAGUUUUUAUCCAAAUUAAAUGUUUUCUGAAUGUAUACCACAGCUCUGGAAAAAAAUAAGAGACCACUUAGGAAUGAUGAGUUUCUUUGAUUUAACCACAUUUAAAUCAUGGAAUAUAAUCAAGAGCAAAAAAAAUAUCCAAAAUCACUGUGUAAGACUGGUGGAGGAAAACAUGUCAAAAUGCAUAAAAACUGUGAUUAAAAACCAAGGUUAUUCCUCCAAAUACUGAUUUCUGAACUAUUAUCUUUAUGAAUUUGAACUUGUUUUUUUUUUGCAUUAUUUGGGGUCUGAAAGCUCUGCAUAUUUUUGUUAUUUUAGCCAUUUCUCAUUUUCUGCAAAUAAAUGCUCUAAAUGACAAUA